GGAAAGUCCACACACAUAAUGUCUGACACCAUCUUAAAUAAGAUUACCUUAGGUGAAUUUAUGGAAAAUAAAAAAAAUAAAAUAAGAGUGUUUAGUUUUUUACUCUCAAUAAUUUAAAAAAAUAUAGUGUGUUUAGUUAUAAAUAAAAAAUAUAACAAGAUAGAGUGUUUUUGUUUUGGUAAAUUUUGUAUUUAGUAUAUAUUACCUAAUAGAUUUUGUGCCAGAAAGCAGCAUGAUGGAUCACAAGCACACAAGUGGGGAUAGUGAGGCAAUCUUGAGGUCUAAGAAAGAGGUGAAGUGGUACAUGGCUUUGUUGGGGAUUAGGAUUGUUGCUUUUGUGUUAUGUUUGAUUGCUUUCUAUAUGUUGGGUGCUAAUGAGCAAAAGGUUUUGGUAAAUGAGGAGAUAACAAAUUGGUUCUCGAUCGGAAUCUCUGUUAAAACUCCAUACGAAUUCCGUUGGUAUGACUACGAUGAAUUCAAGUAUAGUUUUUCAGCAAAUGUGAUUGGAUUUGUGUAUUCUGGAUUGCAAAUUUGUUAUCUUGUGAAGUACUUAAUCACAAAAAAUCACACUAUAAACCCCAAGUUGCAAGGUUACUUCAAUGUUGCUUUUGAGCAGACAUUGGCAUAUGUCCUAAUAUCAGCUUCAUCAUCAGCUGCAACUGCAGCUCAUCUUUACAAAAGCUAUUGGAUUGAACAUGGUGCACACAAAUUCAUUGAAAUGGCAGAUGCAUCUGUUGCUAUCUCCUUCUUUGCAUUUGUAACCUUUGCCUUAGCUUCUCUUGUCUCUGGUUUCAUCCUAUUUAGGUUCACAAUCACAUAGUAAUAAUUACUCUAAAUAUAUGACACAUAUAGAUAAUUGAGACAAUUAAAUUUCAAGUAUACAAUGGACAAAUGAUGAAGCUUUAUAUGUGUCAAGUAUACAAUGGACGAAUGAUGAAACUUUAUCAUUUCUGAAUUUUGCAGAUUUUCAUAUUUUAAGAAAUAAGGUUUGUUUCAGAGGAUCUUUUACUUUUCAAAAAUGAUAAAAUAUUACUCUAUCUGUACAUUUUAAGUGUUACUUUUGACCGUUUUACAUACGUCAAAGCACAACUUUGAUCGCUAAUA